AUGUCAGGCACGUCCAAGCUCUUUGAAGAGAUCGACCGUCAGUACGGCUCCAAGGUCGACACCAUGAGCGAGGAAUCCAAGAUGCUAGUCGGUCUCCCCUACAUCGCAAACACCGAGCACCUCAUCCGCGCUCGAGUGAAAGCACGUCGCCUCCAAACCCAAUAUAACGCGACCCAACCCACCUCGGCGCUCGACGAUGAGACCGCCGCCUUCAACCAAGGCCAAACCGUCAUGUCCGAAGAUCGCAAACGCAUCCUCGCCGAUCUGCUCGAAGUUCCGCUCUCUUCCGUCGCCAGAGCCGAGUUCGAGCCUCCUCUUUGGGUCGACUACGGCACCAACAUCAAGCUGGAAGGUGCCUUCUAUGCGAAUUACAAUACGACCAUCCUGGAUUGUUCCGAGGUGAGGCUGGGAGAUGGCGUGCUGUUUGGACCGAACGUCAGCAUCUAUUGUGGCACGCACUCGGUGUCGGUCAAGGAAAGGGUGCAGGGCCUCGAGAGGAGCUUGCCGGUAAGUAUCGGCAAGGACACGUGGGUGGGCGGCGGGACGAUCAUCAUGGCUGGUGUAGAGAUUGGCAGAGGAUGUACGAUCGGGGCCGGGAGCAUCGUGACCAAGAACAUUCCGGAUUGGAGUGUGGCUGCGGGAUCGCCGUGCAAGGUGAUGAGGACGCUGAGUGAAGGAGAGCGCGCAUGA